AUGUCCCGUCAAACAUCAAGGCUUGAUGCUAAGAAAGUUAACUCCGAACUUUUAACCCUUACAUACGGCGCCCUCGUCUCACAAAUGUUAAAGGAAAUGGAUAAUCCAGAUGAUGUUAAUAAACAGUUAGAACGAAUUGGUUAUAAUAUGGGAGUACGUUUAAUUGAAGAUUUUUUAGCUAGGACUGGAUCUAACAGGUGCAUGGAAAUGAGAGAGACAGCAGACAAAAUACAACAGGCGUUUCGACUUUACCUUAACAUGCAGCCAACAGUAACAAGCUGGAGUAGUUCUGGGGAUGAAUUUUCUUUAGUCUGGGACCAAUGCCCACUGAGUGAAUGGGUUGAGAUGCCAAAUAAUGGUCUUAAAUACUGUGCUCUUAUUCCUGGGGCUAUUAGAGGUGCAUUGCAAAUGGUUCAGCUUGAUGUUCAAUGCUGGUUUAUACAGGAUCAGUUAAAAGGAGAUGCAGUGACUGAGCUCCGAGUAAAAUAUAUCAAAAGACUGGAAGAUGCUGUACCAGCUGGAGAAGAUUAG